CGGAUCAGGAACCGCUGGAGCAUUUGAUGUAAUAAAAGGAACAAAAUUUGAAGUAAUAAUGGAAAAUGAUGAACAGAUUGAGCUUUCUUUCACAAGAAAAUGGGAUCCAUCACAAGAAGGCAAAGCUGUGCCACUGAACAUUGACAAAAGAUUCGUUAUGCUUCGUGGGUCAUCGGGAUUCUACACUUAUGCCAUCUAUGAGCACUUGAAAGAAUGGCCUGCUUUCUCAAUUGCCGAAACUCGAAUUGCCUUCAAGCUCAGAAAAGAGAAGUUUCACUACAUGGCAGUAACUGACGAUAGGCAGAGAUUCAUGCCAUUGCCUGAUGACCGGUUACCAGACAGAGGCCAAGCUCUGGCAUACCCUGAAGCUGUUCUACUUGUUAAUCCUGUAGAGCCUCAAUUCAAAGGAGAGGUUGACGAUAAGUACCAAUAUUCGUGCGAAAACAAAGACAUUACUGUCCAUGGAUGGAUAUGCACGGAGCAACCAUCAGUCGGUUUCUGGCUCAUAACUCCUAGCCAUGAGUACCGAACCGGUGGACCUCAAAAACAGAACUUGACAUCUCACGUUGGACCCACUUCUCUUGCUGUAUUUAUGAGUGCACACUAUACAGGGGAAGAUCUAGUGCCAAAAUUCAGUGAAGGCGAGGCAUGGAAGAAGGUGUUUGGGCCGGUUUUCGUCUAUUUAAACUCGUCUACUGAUGAUGAUAAUGACCCUCUUUGGCUCUGGCAAGAUGCUAAAACUCAGAUGAAUGUGGAAGUAGAAAGCUGGCCUUACAGUUUUCCAGCUUCGGAUGAUUAUGUGAAAGCAGAGCAACGUGGUAAUGUUGUUGGCAGACUUCUCGUUCAAGACAGGUAUGUAGAUAAAGAUUUCAUUGCAGCCAAUAGAGGUUAUGUUGGUUUGGCUGUACCUGGAGCUGCUGGUUCAUGGCAAAGAGAAUGCAAGGAGUAUCAAUUUUGGACAAGAACAGAUGAAGAAGGAUUCUUUUACAUUAGUGGAGUAAGGCCAGGCCAAUACAAUCUCUAUGCAUGGGUUCCUGGUUUUAUUGGCGACUAUAAAUACGAUGAUAUUAUCACCGUCACCCCAGGUUGUUAUCUUUAUGUGGAAGAUCUUGUGUAUCAGCCUCCAAGAAAUGGAGCAACGUUAUGGGAGAUCGGUUUUCCUGAUCGAUCAGCAGCAGAGUUUUUUGUUCCUGAUCCGAAUCCAAAAUAUAUCAACAAACUUUAUCAAAAUCACCCUGACAGGUUCCGACAAUAUGGAUUAUGGGAAAGAUACGUAGAAUUGUACCCCGAUAAAGACUUAGUAUAUGUAGUUGGCUCUAGCGACUAUAGAAACGACUGGUUUUACGCUCAAGUCACUAGAAAAAAGGAUAGCAAAACAUAUCAAGCAACAACAUGGCAAAUUAAAUUCGAACUCAAAAACAUUGAAAAGAACCACACCUAUACUUUACGAGUAGCCAUCGCAUCCGCUACUUUUGCCGAACUCCAAAUACGUGUAAACGAUGCGAGUGCAAGUCCAUUGUUCACAAGUGGAUUGAUCGGGAGGGACAACUCGAUAGCAAGACAUGGAAUACAUGGAUUGUACUGGUUGUUCAAUGUGGAAGUAGCUGGCUCUAAGUUUGUAGAAGGCGAUAAUACCUUGUUUCUCACGCAGCCAAGGUGCACAAGUCCUUUCCAAGGGAUGAUGUAUGAUUACAUCCGAUUCGAAGCUCCCAGCUAAUCAAACAUGGUUCUUUCAGAAAGUUUAAGCAAUGUGAUUUGACAUGUUUGUUGAUUUAUUCGAUUCUUUUUUACAUAUGCGUUUCAAAUUCUUGCUCGUUAUAAUCUUAUUUU